GGAACUUGCUGAGCCAGAAAUAUGCGUGAGUAUACAGAAAAGAAGGAAACAUGUGGGACCAUCUGUCUCAAGUACCUGCUCUUCAUCUUCAACUUUUUUUUCUGGCUGGCUGGCGGGGCCGUCAUGGCAGUGGGCACCUGGACCCUAGCUGAGAAGAGUGACUACAUCAGCCUGCUGUCCUCCAGCACAUAUUCAGCAACUGCUUAUAUUCUGGUGGUGGCCGGGGUGGUUGUCAUGGUUACUGGCAUCCUUGGUUGCUGUGCCACAUUCAAAGAGCGUAGGAACAUGCUGCUACUUUACUUCAUAUUGUUGCUGUGCAUCUUUCUCCUGGAGAUCAUUGCUGGAAUCCUGGCCUAUAUCUACUACCAGCAGCUGAGCAUGGAACUGAAGCAAAAUUUGAAGAACACCAUGACCCAGAAGUACCGGAAGGAGGGAGAAGAGAGUGUUACCGGCGCUGUAGACAAACUGCAGCAGGAGUUCAAGUGCUGUGGGAGCAACAACUACACAGACUGGGCCGACAGCAUGUGGAUAAAAUCUCCAGAGGCCAAUGGACGAAAAGUCCCAGACAGCUGCUGUAAGACGAUAACCGACCUGUGUGGCCGAAGAGACCAUCCUUCCAACAUCUACAAGGAGAGUGGUUGCAUUACCAAGCUGGAAAACUUCAUUCAAGAGCAUCUGAAAAUUAUCGGGGCAGUGGGGAUCAGCAUUGCUUGCGUGCAGAUCUUUGGGAUGAUUUUCACCUGCUGCUUGUACAAGAGUUUAAAGCCAGAACCAUAUUAAUAGCUGCGGGAACUCUGUUGCUCCCCCUCUGCCGCUUCCCUUAGCGCCUGCCAACCUGACCACUCUCCACCACCACCACCACAGAAGUGUCUGUAACCCGAGGACUUGGCUCUGUAAUUAAAUGCGCCUCAAACCAUGCACCGCCUUACCUGCCCCCCUGGGAGAAAGUCACCCUCCUUGUUGUGUACAAGGCAGCCAGGAGUUUCUCGGGUCCUCUUUGUUGUCAGGAAACAAAAGAGCUAUGGAUCUUCUGCUAGAAGCUUUAGCAAAACAGUCCCUUGAUAUAACUACGAAGCAAGAUUUAUCCAGGGCCAUUUCUCUUGAGGCUUUACCUGAGCCAACAUGAAGGUAUCAGGAUGCUGUA